GGGCGGGGCGCCCGCCGCUUGCCGGGGCCGGAAGGGGCGAGCGGCCUAGGCCCGGCCCGGCCCCGCGGCGCUGCCCCGCCGGUGCCCCGCCGCCCACCGGGCCUCCCCGGCGCCCCGCCGCAGACCUUCUCGGUGCCCUUCAGCGCCCCGGUUGCCUCCCCCCGCCCUCGUUCCCUUCAGCGCCCCGGUGAUCCCCCCCCACCCCCCGGUUCCCCUCAGCGCCCCCGGUUCCCCCCCCCCCCCCCCCCCCCGGUCCCCGCCACCAUGAGCGAACUGAAGGACUGCCCGCUGCAAUUCCACGACUUCAAGUCGGUGGAUCACGUGAAGGUGUGCCCCCGGUACACGGCCGUGCUGGCCCGAUCGGAGGACGACGGCAUCGGCAUCGAGGAGCUGGACACGCUGCAGCUGGAGCUGGAGACGCUGCUCUCCUCCGCCAGCCGCCGCCUCCGCGUCCUGGAGGCCGAGACCCAGAUCCUAACGGACUGGCAGGACAAGAAGGGCGACCGGCGGUUCCUGAAGCUGAGCAAGGAUCACGAUGUGGGGACCUCUGUCAAACACGGGAAGCCCAAGAAGCAGAAGCUGGAGGGCAAAGGGGGCCACGGGACCGGGCCUGGCCCCGGCCGGCCCAAAUCCAAGAACCUGCAGCCCAAGAUCCAGGAAUACGAAUUCCAGGAUGAUCCCAUUGAUGUGCCCCGCAUUCCCAAAAAUGAUGCUCCGAACAGGUUCUGGGCGUCGGUGGAGCCGUACUGCGCCGAUCUCACCAACGAAGAGGUCAGAGUCCUGGAGGAGCUGCUCAAGCCGCCGGAGGAUGAGGCUGAGCAUUACAAGAUCCCCCCCCUGGGGAAGCAUUACUCCCAGCGCUGGGCCCAGGAGGACCUGCUGGAGGAGCAGAAGGAUGGAGCCCGGGCGGCAGCCGCUGCCGACAAAAAAAAAGGUGUCCUGGGACCGCUGACUGAGCUGGACACCAAAGAUGUCGAUGCUCUGCUGAAGAAGUCGGAAGCCCAGCACGAGCAGCCGGAGGAUGGGUGUCCCUUUGGGCCCCUGACGCAGCGUCUCCUGCAGGCCUUGGUGGAGGAGAACAUCAUCUCCCCCGUCGAGGACUCCCCCAUCCCUGAGAUCGCCGGCAAGGACUCGGGAGCCGAUGGCGCUGGCACAUCACCCCGCAGCCAGAACAAACCCUUCAGUGUCCCCCACACCAAGUCGCUGGAGGGGCGGAUCAAGGAGGAGCUGGUGGCCCAGGGCUUGCUGGAGUCGGAGGACCGGCCGGCUGAGGACUCGGAGGACGAGGUGCUGGCCGAGCUGCGCAAGAGGCAGGCUGAGCUGAAGGCCCUGAGCGCCCACAACCGCGCCAAGAAACACGAACUGCUGCGGCUGGCCAAGGAGGAGCUGCACCGGCAGGAGCUGCGGCAGCGCGUCCGCAUGGCCGACAACGAGGUGAUGGACGCCUUCCGCAAGAUCAUGGCCGCCCGGCAGAAGAAGCGCACGCCCACCAAGAAGGAGAAGGACCAGGCCUGGAAGACGCUGAAGGAGCGGGAGAGCAUCCUCAAGCUGCUGGAUGGGUAGUGGGGGGGCCGAGGACACCCCCCCCCCCCAGCCCCAUCCCGUGGACCUCGGCAGCCAAGGGCGUGGGUGACCUGCCUGCGGGUGCGGGACGGAGGGGGCGCAGCCCCCCGGCCCCCCUGGGGCCUUCCCACCCGUGUGACGGGUCGUGGCUGCAGUGCCCUCCCAGGGACUGUCACCCACCCGGGCUGGGGACCCCACGGAGUUGUGGGGGUCCCUCCCAGGAGCGGCUCCCUCCCCACACCAGUGGUUUCCUCUCCCCACCCCCCCCCGGUGCUCCCCCUGUUAUUUUGGGAGGGUGACAUCAGCCGGGUUGCUGCGGAGGGCGGAUGUGGUGGCUGCUGCGGUGCGGCUCCCACGGUCCCUUGUCCCUUACCCACGGCCCCGAGGAGGGGGAGGGAACCCGCCCCCCACCCCCCGCGCCGGGGGUGGAGCUGGGGGGCGUGGGGAGGGGCAGGGUGCGAGACAGGGGCGGCCGGGCUCUCCGUGUACCGGUGGUUUGCGCUGCUGUGCGCGGGCAAUAAAGGCAGCCCGGUGCCGGC